UUUGCAAGCCGAAAUAAAAUUUGGUCAAGAGUCUGGAGCAUUUUUGCGGAGUCAAAAUGGACAAAACGCCGGUGAACCAGAGCGGAGCGAAACCGUUGAUUCCGCCGCCGCAACCCCUUCACCAGAGCGACGCCGACGAGGAUGACGAGAACGUUAAACAGCUCGACGAGUGUUCUUCUCUCUAUCUAUUGAUGCAGGAUUGCGUUGUUCGAUCUAACAGGAAUUGGAAAGAAUGCCAGCAAGAAGUACAAGCUCUGAGGGAAUGCAUUGAAAAGAGAAAGAAGCAAGAGAUACACAACUCAGGCAAGUAAGAAUUUGCAGGGAUGGGAUUUUGUGUUGACUAUGAAGUCAUGUACUGUGCUUCCUUGUUAAUGUUGUUGUUCAGUUCAUGGUAUUACACUGAUGUAUGUACAGACUACAGAGUACAGACACUUCAACCCACACACCAGAAUGAACAUUUCUGGAGCAUAAUUCAAUUGAAUGUUAUUUACAUUGGACUUGGGAAAAUGGAACUUUUGUUCAGUGAUCUAUAGGUAAACAGUGCUUGAAAGUAUAAGCAUCAGUUCCACCUUGUUGGACUUGCUUUUGCUUGUUAAAAUGAUUUGAAUUACACA